AUGGCUCGCUCCUCGAGUGUCCUUGCCGGCGGCCUUCUUGGCGCCGCCUCUUUGGGAGGCCUUGCCUUCUUGGCACCCGGGCAGAGCCGUCCUCAGCCGGUGCAGCAGGAGGUCGCCCACGCGCAGGGAUUCCUGGCAUCCACUGGCACCAGCACCAGCAGCACGGGUGCUGUGCAGGGCAUGGCUGGUGCCUUGGCCGUGGCUGGCUUGAGUGUUGCCGCUGUGCGAGGCGCAUCGGCUGCCUCCCGCCAGCAGGGCGUGAAGCCUCGGGCAGCCAAGAGCGUCGUCGCAUGCAGGUCCUUGGCCAAGCUGAAGAUUGAUGGAGUGGACCUUAAGGCGAUCAAGAAGUCCAAGACGAUCGUCUGGAAUGGUCCGAUGGGCGUCUUCGAGAUGGGGGCUUUCGAGAAGGGGACGAAGCAGAUGAUGGAGACCAUCGUGUCGGUCACGAAGGACGGCGCCGUCUCCGUGAUCGGCGGUGGCGACACCGCCACCGCCUGCAAGAAGUAUGACACUGUUGACAAGGUCUCUCACUGCAGCACUGGUGGUGGUGCAUCCCUGGAGCUUUUGGAGGGCAAGCUCCUCCCCGGCGUGGCUGCGCUGGAUGAUGCGUAG